UGUACAGAUUUAAGACCCGCAGCGAUUGAGAGGGAAUUAUUUUUGCUGCAAUCUACCCAUGUAAAAAGAAGUACACACUCAGAUUCAGGUGGCUGCAUCAUGAGUCGAUGGCGUCGUUCAGUGGACGAACUCACAGCCGGGAGGAGGCGACAGCAGACAGAGUGUGAGCGCGCUCAGAACGCUCUAAGUCGCGUCACUUCCUGUUUCCAACAAUUGGUGGCGUCGCUUGGCAGUUCAGCCGAUAGCAGUUUCCUACGUGAGGAGAUUGACGAGACGAGAGCUCUGGCUCACCGGAUCUGCUCAGGCCUGUCCCGUCGUCUUCUUCGCCUGCUGUCCGCCUGUGACGCCGCCCCAGUAGCUACAGAGGAUAGACAAGCUUCGGAGCGUCUCUGGGUCCUCUUCCUGUCUGCAGUGGAGAACUUCCUGUCUGACCUCCGAAAGGCCAAAGACCUGAUUGGCCAAUUUCCUUUGACUCAACGAUCUAACAGACGAUCAUUGGUAAACACAGGAUGUACUGAUGGUCUGGUGGGUCUGGCGGCCCGAGUGGCUCUGGUCCAGAUUCCCUGGCUGGUUUUGGAGGAAGAGCCGAGUCCUGAUUUGACCAAUCACAUCGCAGGACUGGAGUCCCUGCUAAGUGAGCUGCAGCAGAGAGUUCCAGUAGCUUUCUGGUCAGUGGAAGCAACCCAACCAGCAUGGGCAGAAGCUCUCAGUGACCAGGAAGGCCCAGAGGACAGCCUGGAGGAUAUGAUGGUUGAGGUGGUUUCCAGUGAUAGCAGCAGAAACGUGUCUGUUUGUUGCCAGGGAACAUGCUGUGGACUCAGCUGUGUAGUUUAAUCAUGGAAACUUCCAGGUUAUUUUGCUUUCUCCAAAGUAAAGAGAACCAGUUCCUUUGUAACAAAGGAACAUCAGGAACUAGAGGUAGAUCUAUAUAUCUUUCAACUAAUAGUUUUUUUUUUUUUUUGCUGAAUCAGCAUUAGCCCAUACACGCAUUCCUUUGCAGAUUUAUUAGUGCACUGAGCAGCAAUGCCUUGAGAUUACAUAUGUCUGCAUUAUCACUUCCUGCUUUUGUUAUCCAUUGUUAACAUUUUGGUUAUUUGUGAAUAAGGAUUUAUUUUUAUGUUUAAAUUGAAACUUUUAUUAAUGUAAUGUUUUGUGUAAAUGAAGGAAAACCAAUA